AUGUCAUCGGUGGGGAUCUGCCCCAGAGGAUACCCCUUCCCCAGAUCCUGCGAGCUGCAGCGAGGAGGGUCAGACUCUGGGGCCCUCCCGUCCCUGGGGACACCUUCUUUCUUUGCCCCCAGACGCAUCGCCCGAGGGAUUUCGCUCAUCGCGUCAGGGGGGCGGCAUUCGAACCCAGGUCCGCGCGCGCCCCUCGUGCAACCGUUACGCCGCGCCGGGCCCGGCCGAGCUGAGCGUGUCGGGAGCUCCGCCGGCAAUGCUGCUUGGGCCCGGGCCAUGUGCCCGCCGGAAAUCUUUAGCAACUUGGUCCGGAGGCGCACCAGUGGCCUGCUGAAGGGGGCGGCCAAGGACGAGCUAAAGGGAGGCGAGGUCUGCGCCUGCCCUUUCUCGGUGGGGAUGUCCCGAAGCAGCGUCAGCAACGUAGCUUCCUCCUCGGCCGCCCACCUCCGCAGGCCGGAGCAGUCACGCCCGCUCUUUGCCGAGGACCAGUUCCUGGCCGUUUCCAAGGAGCUGAUCAGCCCUAGCGGGCGCCCCGACGCCUCCUGGCAGCUCCUCACCAACAUUCAGGGUCUCUGCAUCUACCGACUGUAUGACGAGAAAUCGGGGCUGUAUGAAUAUAAAAUCUACAGCAUACUUAAUGAUUGUUCCCCAGAGCUAUGUGCUGAAGUUUAUAUGGACUUAAACUACAGAACAAAAUGGGACCAAUAUGUUAAAAAUGUACGUGAGAAAACUCAGGAUGGCAAAACAGCUAUAUACUGGGAAGUGAAGUUCCCCUUCCCCUUGGCAAACAGAGAUUAUGUUUUUGUUCGCGAGCGUCAAGAUAUGGAGCUUGAUGGGCAGAAGAUCUAUGUUAUAUUGGCUAAAAGUGUGAAUACUGUUAAAUUCUCAGAAAAGCCUGGGAUUGUUAGAGUAAAGAAUUUUAGACAAGGUGUGGCCUUUGCAAGUGAUGGCAAGAAAGGGUGCAAAGUUUUCAUGACCUAUUUUGAUGAUCCUGGUGGAAGGCUUCCUUCAUGGGUUGUCAACUGGGCAGUUAAGACUGGAGUUCCCAACUUCUUGAAAGACAUGCAGAAAGCUUGCUACACUUAUCGUAAGAGAUAAAUGGCUCUUUGUAUUCAAUCUAAAGGACUGAUAGAUAUACUUUUCAAAAUUGGUCAUCAAUGUGGAUAU